GCUCGCUCACAGCUCGCUCCCAUCCUCGUUAUCAGGAGUCGUUGUUAUCAUCCAUGCUCCGUUACCCACUGGCUUGUACCCCCAUGUGAUCUCCCUCUUGUUAUUUCUUUGGUUGUCCCUGUUCCCUACCCGUGCGCCUGUGUACGGUCGUUACCAUUUGUCACUGUUCUGGGCUUUUGUUCCCGCCCAUUGCCCCUUUGUAUCUCCUCCCCGACGUAUACCCACUCACUAACUCUAACUCUUCCAGAUACUUUCACUUCGAAUGGAAGAGCAGGAACAGGUAAUAACUUGACAACAACUACCACCACCAACAACAAACGGUGAUAUGUGCCCACCACCAUCCGCGAACGACGACGAGGUCCCAUCACCACAUCAACAAACGGCGAUGAGGGCCCAUAACUACCACCACCACCCCCAACAACCAGGUCCCAGCACCACCGUCAAUGAACGACGACGAGCGCCCACCACCACCGUCAAGAAAAGGUGACGAGCACCCACCACCACCAUCAACCAACGGCCACAAUCACCACCACCGACAACAACGAGGGCCCAGCACCACCGUCAACGAAUGGCGACCAGGGUCCGCAACCACCACCACCUCCAACGAGGGGCCCACCUGUCAACGAACGGCGACGAGCACCUACGGGCCACGUCAAACGCCCACCAUGGGAGUAGCCAGGUCCCUUGGGGUAUGCGUAGUAGAUAGCGUAGCUGUAAAAACCUCUUGUGUCCCUUGUUAG